AAAGUUGGUGUUAAUCAAAAGAUUAUCUAGGAAUGAUGUGUCUUCAGAUUCUAAUUAAAGACUAUAGUGCAGGGGAUUCCAGAGGUUACGAAAAUGCCUGUCAGGAGCAUCGUUAUUCAUCUAAAAACAGUAAAAACUGGUCUAUUAUUUUCUAGAUUGAAUUAGCUUUAAAGACCAUUGACUGCUCAUUGUCUCCUAAAGAAUAAGGUACUUCACAAAGUUUAUUGAUUGGAUUUUAACCUUUAGUGCUGAAAGUGUGUCUGCUUACUAAUUUUUUGUCCCAUGACUGAGAACCCAUCUUUGACAUCAUAGCUGUUUCUUAGCAACCUCACCGACUUAAGCAGACAGCCUUCUCUGUUUUGUAGGGUAGAGAGUGCAGGCUAAGAGUCAGGUGUACUGUACCUCCUCCCACUGAGCAGAUGUCUUUGGUCCCCCUGGGAGAGAAUAUUUGCAGCAGGGAGAGGAGCUGCCUCUGAUGUAGCCUCUCGCUAAUCUGAGUGGGUGUCAUGGCCCUUGUCUUGUGAAUUUGCACUUCUUUUUAAAAUUCCUUACACACAGUGUUUGACACCUUAUAAAGUGUUUUCAUGUGCACUAUAUCAUUUGAUGCCCCAGGUGACCUUCCUAAAAAAUGCAAGGUCUUCACUUACAAAGGAAGAAAUAGAAAUUCAACAAGUCACUUAUCUUCCAGUGUACAAUUAAUCAUUUUUAUAGAAGUGUAGAAACACUGUUUUUUUGUACUGCAGUGUUUUCUUACUUGGUCAGAUUUAACUCGGAAUUUUGAAACUAUUAUGAUGCCACAAUUGAGAGGGAAGGGAAAAGGGUAAGGAAGAGUGUGACCUAUGUGUUUGGGCUAAUUUGGAGUCAUUUCUGCUUUUGAAGUCUUUUCACCCUUUUUCUCUCAAGAGGUGGCUUCAAAUUCGUUAGGAGCCUGUGAAAAGAAUAUAGAUAGUAAAAGGAUGCUUUUUGCUUUCUACUGCCCUUUUUUCCCCCUGCCUCGGGGCCUUACUUGUAACAACUUGAACUUCCCUGUGCGUAGUAAUUUUUAGUGUACUCGGGAGCAUUGUUAUUGAUGACGUGCACAUCGCUUUAUGUUAGAGGAAGUAAGCAAUGACAGUGGAGGACUGAGCACAAAUACCUGGAAGGUGCUGGCCAAAGUGGUGCCUUGCCCACUAGAUAUGAAGGCUUUGAUCGGGAGUUACAUCAUAGGAAACUUGGUGCUGUCUGUCUACCUGCCUUUCGUCACUGCUUCACCUAAAACUCUGGCCAUCCCUAAGAAGCUACAAGAAGCUAUGGGGAAAGUUAUUGUCAAUGCCACAGCCUGUACUGUCACCUGCGGCCUUGGCUAUAAGGAGGAGACCACCUGCAUGGUGGGCCCCGAUGGGGUGAGGAGGAAUUGUACAUCCCAGCGCUUGGAGUGUCUGACCAAUUGGAUCUGUGGAAUGCUGCAUUUCACUGUUCUUGUUGGGAAAGAGUUUGAGCUUAGCUGUCUCAGCUCGGACAUCCUGGAAAUCGGGAAGGAGGCAUUCCGCUUCACCUGGAGGCUUGCUCGGGGUAUCAUCUCAACGAACGAUGAAGUUUUCAAACCCUUCCGAGCCAACUCCCAUUUGGUGAGGUUCAGACCUGCUCGGGAGUCUGACUCCGGGACAUAUUGCUGUGAUGUGCAGCUGCUCAAAAACUUGAGACUGGUCAAGAGACUGUACUUUGGACUGAGAGUACUUCCUCCAAACCUGGUGAACCUGAAUUUCUAUCAGUCCCUUACCGAGGAGCAAAAAUUAGUUAAUGAGGGCUUGGAAGUUAAUUUGGACAACUAUUCCAAGCCUCACCGCCCCAAGUGGCAAAAGAAAGUGGCAUCGGCCAUGGGGGUAGGAAUAGUAGGUGGAGUAAUUGGUGGUGUGUUGGUGAGCAUUGCCCUCUGCAGGGUGCUGAGGGAGAAGCACAGCAACGACAUCCUCAAGAGCUUCCAAUCCUUGUUCCCGAGGGACCGGCUGCCUGAUGGUGGAUUGGUCAAAAGACCACACGAGGAUCAGGGAGGAGUAGCCUCACAGUAGCCUGGCAACAGUCUCCAGCUUCUUUGUGUCCUGGAUGGAGCUCUUCCUGAUUUCUCUACUGCCAGGUGCCCCAGAGUGGCCUGCUUCCUGGGAAGAGAAUUGUCUUUUAAGCUUGUAUUCAUCUCCUACCCCUUUUAACUUGUGUUCCUCCCAUCUCCAUUUCAUUCUUCUGGGCAAUAUAUUCAUAUAGAAGGAUGUAAGAAUAGCUUUUCUAGUGAAAACUUAUUUUUCUCUCUUCAAUAAAAAUGAUUCACAAUAGCAAUGUGGAAACCCAA